AUCCAAGAGACACGGCUACCUCAUGAUGCCAGGCCGGUGCUGCAGGUAAUGUCAUGAAGCAUUACUCGCCAGCAGCUCAUACGACACAUUUCCCGCCAAGCUAGGUAGCCACCGAAGAGUCAGAACAGGGGAUAGACGAUGCGAGCUCCAUUAGCUUACUGCAUGGUACCGCAACUGCUGUUGCUAACCAACUAACUUGCUGCUGAUGCUGAUGCUGUUCUGGUCAGGAUGGGGAAGACACGCUAUGCAACUGGGUGGGUUUCACAUCCUUCAGCCCAACUCUUCUCCUUUUGGGUGGCUUGCUCAUUGCUCACUCACCCCAUUUUCCCAUGCCUACCCUUACAUUAGUGCAUCUAUCUGUCUCCUUUUCUUUCUUUUACAUGCAUCCACAGCCUCCUCGUCUUUCGUUUCGUAUUCAACCCUAUGCUUGAGGCUCCAAGACCUGUACAAGUACUUGAAGUCAGCCGCACGCUGCUCAAUUGAAGCUAGGAGAGCACGCGACAUCUCAUCUCUUCUCUCUCUCCAUCUGAUAUAUAAGAGCGAAAAAAAGAGGAGCUCCCGUCGCCCUACGCCCACGGUCCCUGUCCCACACACACACACACUUGGGCAGAGAGAGCCCCUCAUUCCCCGUCCCGCACGUUUUGUCUCAACUUCAAGCUCCAAAACCCCACCUCGAGUCCUGUCAGCUCGCACUUUCGCAGUCAAGUUCAGAAUCAACAGCGACAAACCCAGUUCGAGUGUCCAAAAGUCUCCAGGCGACUACCAUGUCUCUCCAGGUUGACGACCGAGGCCGUCGCACCCGUUCGCGCUCGCCUGGCCGUCGCGAGCGCAGUCGGAGCCCCGCGGUCCCCGCCAUGGUUGAUCCCCCGCGCGAGCCCAGCUAUGCUUACCCGGAAGACGACCUCGAUG